UUCUGUUGUGUUGGGUCGUUCUCGUCGAAGACAGUGACAGAAAAUAUAAAAUCACGUUCGCAACGCAAUUUGCAUCACGCCGCGCAGAGUACUUUUCGCCGCGCAAAGAGAAUGUUUCUUGGAAUCAUUUAUUUAUCUACCUAACAAUAAAUAAAAUAAAAUGCCCCGCGAAAAAAGUCGAUAUCGCGAUCGGCGGAGCUCAUCAUAUAGCUCUGAAUCUUCUUACGAAAGAAAGAAGGCGAAGAGUAAACACAAACGCCGUUCUAUAUCUCGAGAGAGAGAAUCCAAUAGUUUGAGGAGAAAGCGAUCUACUUCACGUCCUAGAAGAAAACGGAGUUAUUCUAGGAGUACAUCCCGUGAUCGGUAUGAUAAAUCUAGAAGACGGUCUGCUUCGCGUUCGCGAUCUAAGCGGGAUCGGUCUCGUUCCCGGUCUAGCUCACGAAGCAGGAAGCACAAAAGUAGCAGAAAAUCACGGAGGCAUUCACACUCUUCUAGCAGCCGGUCAAGUUCCUACGACAUAGGUAAUGAACAAGAAUGGUCUGAAGAGCUAAGCAAUAUUUUAUCAUCCUUAAUGCAAUUGAAUCUAAAGGCUAGGAGAACACCAAUCUUGUCUACAUACUUUUCAAAACGACCUCAGCUUCCAAAAAAAGUGAAUCUUGAUGACACAGAAUCCAAAGUAGAAAAGGCUAUUAAAGCUGCAGAAGCUGUUGGCUUGACUAUGACAAAGAUCCCUACUUAUGAAUACAAGGAAGUUGAAAUAAAAGAAGAUAUGCCUACCAUUCAUGAUAGAAACUUGUUGGCGGAAUUAAAUAAUGAUACUUUUAUUCAAAGACCAUUUGUAUCAUCAAAGAAAAAAGAAUCAAAGAAUAUUGUUAUAGAUCUAAAUACACAGACAGUUAAGUUACCUGAGACAGAAGUCAAGGAAAAGGAUGACUCCAUAAUUGAUUUCAAUGAAAUACCUAGUGAAGAAGAGUUAAGAGAAAAUUGGAUUAAGAAACUUUAUCAAUAUAGAAAAAAGAUGUUGAAGGGUGAAAUAUAAUAAACAUGUAAUGAAACAACAA